UAUAAAAUUUAAAGACAUCAUUAAAUUUGUAUGAAAUAAAUAAUAAUUAGUUAAUUAAUUAAUUGUAAAGAAAGAAAAACUAAAUAUCUAAUUAAUCAAUUUCUAAUAAUUAAAUAUAGAUAACUAAGUAUAUAAAACAUAUUUAAAAAGUUCGCUUCAACACCAUUUCCAACUAUGUCUUAUUCUAAAUAAUUUUCAGUUAACGAAUUCUUUAAACUAUCCCUUGAAUAGUAUUUAUUAGUAAAAUGCUCACUUGUAAAAUUGGCUCUAGAUGAGGCUCAAAAAAAUGAGGAAAAGAAGCAAAUUAUAUUAGAUUAUAUCAAUGAUUUCAUAGGCUUUAGUAAACAUGUUUUAGGAAAAAAUUGUAAAAACCCGUAAAUUUUAAUCGCUGAAAUCUUAGAAAAAUUAUUGAUAGUAGACAUCUAAUUAUUGAGAAAGAAAGAAGAUGAAUUCCCUAGAGAUAUAAUUAAUAGAUAAUUUAAAUUAAAUCUUCUUUAAUUUGAGAGAAUGGACUUGCACAUUAUCUAAUUAUUUACGCGCCUUUAGUGUUUAAAGCUCAUGUAUGAGUAUUUAACAGUAGCUGAAAAGGUUCCUAAGGGAUUUAACUAUCGUGAAAAGUUCGAUAGUGAUUUAGUUAAGCAUAUUGAUCAAAUAAAAGUUUAUAUUAAAAUGAAUUUUAAUAAUUCUAAUGAAGGAGAUGCUCAUAUUAUUAAGAUAUUUAAAAUUCUAUUACUAAACUGUACUUGCAUAGAGUUCUACACCUUUUUGCAUAAUUUUACUAUAAGAUAAGACCUCAGUAAGGAAGUUAAAAAAUUUGUUAGACAGGAAUAUGAAAAUUUAAGACAAAAGUAUUGUGAGAAAUAAAUUUAGUACCAAAAUUAAAAGAUGCUUCAAUCGCUAAAUGAUGAACACUCAAAAUCACAAGUAUAAGUGCAAAAUUAAUUAUUUAAUAGCAACAAUAAUUCAAAUCCUUCUUAAUUAGUUUUUCUUGAGGGAAAUUCUCAAGGUAGUGAAAAUUUUUGCAAUAUCGGAGAUGAGAAUAAAAAAAACAAUAAUAAUAAUAACUAACGCCAGCGCAGGCAAUUUAAUGCCAUUUUUAUUGGUAAUAAAAGCAACAAUCAAAAUUAGCAAUUAUAGUAGGAAUUGCUAAAUGAUAAUAAGAUUGUGCUAUAAAAUAAACUUUAAUCAAAAUCUUAAUAUUUUUCUUCAAUGAAUUGUGAAAAUUCUGUCAAUAGAUUGAUGGAAGAAGAAAAUUCUGUCAAUUAAUCAAUUCAUUACUAAUCUGAAAACAAAAGUCUUAUAUAGAAUGAUAAUAAAAAUGGAGAGUACUAGAGUCGUGUGACUCACUCAGAAGAAAAUACUUAGUUCAAUUUAAUUAAUUUUAAAGGAUUGAUAAAUAAUAUUAAGAGUUAGGAUUAAGGUGAUAAAAUGACAGAACCAAACACUGAAUGCAAAUUAAAUAAAUAAAAAUUUAUUAGCGUUAACAACUCAUUUUAUUCAAAAAUAAAUCCAAAUGAGAAUUUUAAAGAAGAAAAGAAAGCAUCAUUAAAUAUUUAGUAAUCAUUAAGUGAUGAGACAAUCAAAUAAAAUGACUUACAAUUGAAAAAUUUAAAUUCUGUUAAUGAUAGUAAUAAUAAUACUUUCUUACAAUAUAAUAAUGAAUCUGAAGAUAACAUUGAAAUUGCAAGAAGAGUCAGUUCUUCUAGCUGCUAAAAUGGCUCUAAAAUAUCUAAUUCUUCAAACUUGAUAGGCUCUAUUAUCAACAUUAAUAAUUAAAAAAAUAUACCUGCUAGCAACUAGCGUUAGCUAUCGAAACCUAUUUAGAGUGGUAGAACUAUUUACCAUGCUUAAAAUAAAAAAAUAUAAAGAAAUUCAUAAAUAAAAAGUAAUAAUCCUAGUUCAAAACUUCUAAGAAGUAGCUCCAAAAAUAACACAAUUGAUAGUAACAGCAAUAAUUAAAAUGACAUUAUCUCGAAAGCAGCCAAAAUACUCAUGUAAGAGCAGGAUUAAAAGAAAUCAGCUAAGCUAAAAGUGAUGAGCAGAGAAUCUAAAAAAUAUCAGUAAAGUGAGAGUUUCGGGUAAUCUGCUGCAAAAACAUACAAAGCACCUUCUUCUCAGGAGAACUUUUUAGAAGGAUUCCAAAAUAUAAAUAACAACAACAACACCACCCAUCAUUAGUACCAAAGUGAAGACGAAAAUUCAUUACCCUUAAAUUAUAUGUGGGGUCAUAACUGAACUGAACUAAACAAACACAAAAAUAUAUAUCUUACUCAAAUUAAUAUUUAAUAUAAAUUUAUUUUUCCCUCUCUAAUUAUCUAUCUAUCUAUCUACUUUAUAAAAAUUGUAGUAUUUUAUUUAUCAUAUUAAAAUUGGUUAGU